UUCAAAGUCCACCCUGGCCCUGAAUGGACCUAUAAAAGGGGAAGCCUGCACCGAGGAAGGCAUCAGUCAGUGGCAUCUCCUCCCCUGAACGAGCCAAUUUACACGACAACAUGAAGCUGACCAUUGCCAUUAUCGCGAGUAUCCUGCUCAUCAGCUUGGCCGAUUUGGCCACUGGAUCGGCCUGUGGAUGCACUGAUCCACCGACCACAACCCCAUGCUCGACGCCAAAACCAACAACAACCCCAUGCCCGACCACAACCCCAUGCCCGACCACAACCCCAUGCUCGACGCCAAAACCAACAACCACUUGCAAGCCAAUAACAACAACCACCAAGAGGACAACCUGCAGCACCACCAAGAAGACCACCACUAAGGCCACUAAGCCCACCAAGCCCACUAAGCCCAGCAAGCCCACUAAGCCCACUAAGCCCAGCAAGCCCACUAAGCCCACCAAGCCCACCACCACCAAGAAGCCUUCAUGCAGCGUGUGCGGUCCGGGUGGUUCAGCCUGCCAGGGAUGCCCCGAAAGGGAGAAUCUCUGCCAGGAGCUGAUCAACACUGUGCGCAACCUUGAGCGCAGGAUUCGCCAGUGCGUGUGCGGUGAAAAGGAUUGGUUGUUGUAAA